AUGACUAAUGAUACCAACAAUAUGCCAUUGGUGAUCGAUGGCGAACUUUAUCCAGCUCUUGUUCAAUGUUUUUUUAUAAUAAGUCUUGGUUACAUAGCUGGUCAAUUAAAUCUAUUAACAAGUGCUCAUUCAGCUGGGCUUUCACGUUAUAUAAGUACUUUUGCAUUGCCUGCUGUUAUAUUUAAAAAUCUUGUUGAUGUACAAUUUCAAAGUGUUUCGUGGAGAUUUCUUUCAUCAGUACUAAUUAGUAAAACUAUUGUAUUCCUUUUAACAAUGAUAUUAACAUUUAUAGCUGAACGACCAAGAAAUUUUUCUAGCAUGGGUCAAUAUUCUAUCAUGGCAACACAAAGUAAUGAUUUUGCAUUAAUGUUUCCAAUAAUUGAAGCUGUUUAUAAACAAACUCAUCCUGAAUUUAUUCGAUAUAUUUAUUUAAUUGCACCUAUAUCACUUGUAAUACUAAAUCCUAUUGGAUUUUUUUUAAUUGAAAUACAAAAACGCAUUGAUGACCAACGAAAAUCCCGAGGAAAAACAUGGAAUAAAUUUCAAUUAAUAUCCGCAGUUUUUCGCAAUAUAAGCCGCAAUCCAAUUGUUAUAUUUACUUUACUUGGUGUUAUAUUUAAUCAAAUAUUUAAACAACAUUUACCACAUAUAAUUGAAUAUACAUUAAGACCAAUAACUCAAUCAUUUACUGGCACAGCUUUAUUUUAUCUCGGUUUAACAAUGGCUGGAAAAUUAAAUCGUUUACAUGCACGUCUUGUUAUUACGGUUUUUCUUCUUAGUGUAAUUAAGUCAAUUUUAUUUCCAUUAAUUUUACGUCAAACAGUUAUCUUUCUUGUUAAACCAAUAAAUGGAAGUUAUAAUAGCACGAUCGAUUAUUCAAAUUUUGGUUUCUUAUAUGGAACAGCACCUAUAGCACCAUCAGUGAUAUUCUAUGUACCUGAAACCAAUUUAGGCUUACAAGCUAUUGCAUCAACUGGACUUGUUAUUUCAACUUUACUUGCAGGACCCAUUAUACUUGUUUCAGCUAAGAUGAUCAAUUUGCGUACACUUGAUCUCAAAACACGAGAAUCUUAUGAGAUCUUACUUACGAAAACAAUAUUUGAUGUUAGUAUAAUCUCAUUCUUGUGUACAAUUAUUGUUCUUAUUGGAUUUUGUUUACGUCGACGAUGGUUGAAAAUAUCUUUUAUUCAUAAAUAUACAUUUAUCUUUGUUGGUCUACAAAUGGUAUUAGCUAUUUGGACAAUAGUCGUACAUCACGUUACACAUCCUCUAUCAUCAGUAGCAACAGCAAUAAUUGACAUCGGUAGUAUUUUGAUUGCCUUAACUACUCGAACAUGGGCAACAAGUCUUUCAAUGGCUUUAAUGAUUACGAUUUGCUAUUCAAAUCGAUUAGCCUGUCGACUUUCUUGGAUUUAUCAUAUUUAUGGAUGGAUUGUUCCAUUAGUGAUAUCAUUGAUUAUUUAUUUUUAUUCUUGCGUUGAUCAAUCAAAAGAGAAAACGAUCUUGGAAUCAGAAAAAUUUGGAAAAAUUCAAAUUAUUCUUUCAAUAUUUUUACUUAGUUUGUGCACUAUAAUUAAUACAAUAAGUCUACUACGUAUAGUUCGUCGAACAUAUCGCUUAAAAAGUGACUCGAUUGAGAAUCAAUCAUUUAAUCAUACUACUCAUUCGAAUUCUGAUAACCAUGAAAUAAGUCCAUUAAUUGAUGAUGAUAAUCCUGAACAAAAAACUGAAAUUCAACAAAUUCCUAUAGACAUUAAACCAUUGGAAGGUGAUCAUCAAUUAUUUCGUCAUGGAAUACUUGUUGCUUUAUUAACUAUCGAUGCUAUUAUUUGCGUAUCAGCUUUAGUAUGGGUACUAUUAGCACAUGAUCAUAAUGGAAUUUAUUAUGAAUUACGGUUUUUCGAUACUGUUCUAUUGCAUGGCCAAGGUAUUAUAACAUUUCUUGUCUUUGCAUUAGACGCAGAUUUACUUGUACCCAUAACACAAAGAUUCCGUAGAUUAUUUCAUCGUUUUGGUUUAAAUAUAAAUACUCCUCGUGAUAAUGUUGUUAACAGAUCAAUAGAAAAUGAUGAUUCAUUCGAUUUUGAAUCUAAAAUUCGACCAGACUUUAUUAGUCAUUCAAAACUGAAUACUUCUAUCGAAACAAUCUUUGAGGAAAGUCAAUUUUGCCAAUGGUUUAUUGCACAUGGUUAUGUCGAAAAUGAAUUUAUCGCUCAAAAUUAUUUUCAAAAAUUACUAGAUAAUAAACAAAUUAUUUGCAUAAAUCAAAAACAAGACGAUAGAGAAAUGAAUCUAUUGUCAGUUUGGUAUGCUUUUUCAAAAUAA